GCACGUAUUGCAGUUACAAAACAUUUGAUAUUAGGUCUGCACCGAAUUAUACAUCAGCAAUUCGAGAUGCAUGGAUUUCAGUCUAUUGGGUGAAUAAAACACUGAACCGACCACUAGGGCCACUCAAGGACAUUUUGAACGGGCAGUGUCUGACUUAAAAAAAUAAGAAACAGAAGAAGAUGACCAAGGUCACAGCCCCUGCAUUCGUCUUUUCAAAUGUUGACCAUGGCAAUACUACACACUACAUAAAGAAUGUGAGAUAUACGCAGCAGGGGUUGCUAGGGGAGUGCUACUUGUAUGGUCUGUUAAUCAUCCGUACAAAGAGGGGCCCUAGAUUGUGUGUAGUAGAUUUUAGACACUACUGUAUUUGUCGGAAGAGACAUCCCUGGUUUUAAUGGCUGGUGACCAAUUUUCUCAAGCGAUGUGGACUUUCUUUGUCGUUAUUCUGAUAUGGCAGGCACUACAUGUCGCCGACUCAAGGCUCCGCACUGCAGACGACUAUCUGGACACAUGCAUGGAGCUGUUGAAAUCACACAGCAAGAGCAAACCGUCCCCGGAACCCGGACUCGAGUGUCCCCAGUAUACGAAGAAGUCGUGCUGUAAAGCGGGUGUGACAGAGGACUUUGAGACAAAGGAAAACUGGCAGAACAUCACCAACUAUGUCCACUGUCCACAGAAGAGCAGUCUGUCGCCGAUGUGUCACAAGAUGUUUUUCGAUGAACUCUGCUUUUUCCUGUGUUCACCUUAUAUUGGGCCAUGGAUUGCCCCCGCGACACAUGACGAACCUGUAACCGACCGCUUCACAGACGUUCCAUUGUGCGCCAGUGAGUGUAACUCGUGGUGGGAGGCAUGCAAAGGAGAAUAUACUUGUCACGAAAAUUGGUACACUGAUUUUGAUAGAGAUGAAAAUGGAUUAAACGUAUGCAAAGCUGGUGCGGAAUGCAGGACGUAUGAAGCCAUGUACAGGACAGCUUCCAACUUUUGUGAAAUUAUAUGGGAUCGUUCAUUCAAAGUGGUCCCAGAUGAGGAACCAUGCAUGAAAUUCACGUUUGAUCCAGCUGGCCCGGAUCCUAAUGAAGAGACGGCGAGGAAGGCUGCAGCGUCAAGCGCUAUAAAGCACCAAGGAAUGUCAUUUCUUCAGUGGAUUUGCUCUUUUUUUUCCGAUAAUUCAGUAUUUCCAUUAGGUUUCCAAUGGCGCAAACCAGUGUUUGAGCCCAAGGACAAUGAGGAUUGAUAAAAAAUGAAAAUACACAAUGCUGAGUUUUUGGAAAUUGCCCGAUGUAAC